GGCAGCCAUGUUGAGGGUUAAUUUCCUUUGAUCUCCCUGAUUCCGGGUAGUUUGCGCUCGCUAUAAGAUGUGUUACUAACCAGGCUGCUGUUACUGUGAAGAUCACGUACAAUACACAUCACUGCGUUUGUCCGUAAAGGAGAAACAUUAUAAGAAUAUCUGACAAGUUCAGAUGUGCUAAACAAGACAAUGUCUGACAAGACCGAGAGCGAAACCUCAGACCUUUCUGAUGAACACGGAGACACAGAUAACACUGAUAUAGUGAAAUUUGAAAUAACAGAAGAUCUAUGGUUGAGGCAUCAGCUGGAAGCAUCAGAUGAGGAAUCCAAUGACAAUAUUAGCUCAGAUGAAGAUAACAUUGAUAUAGUGAAAACUGAGAUAACAGAGGAUCUGUAUACGUGUGAUCAGGUGAAGACUGAGGAGGAUGAAGUUCCUAUAAAUACGGCUACAGACCCUGUAAUAACAAAAGUGGAACAAACAGAAGAUCUGUGUGCGGUAAAACCCCUUGUAAUUCGGGAACAGGAAAACGAUGAGGAUACUGACAUGGAAAACCACAAGGAUAUGGAGACAACAAAUCAAUCAAUGAGAUCAGACAGUCCUUGUGAAGGCUGGAGUGAAGAUGACUCUUUAAGUCUCUUUAAAGAUCAGCAAAGCCACGUGGUGAAUAAACCAUUUUUAUGUUUUGUAUGUGGAAAAAGUUUUUCCCACAAAUCACAUCUCCUUACUCAUCAGAAAAUUCAUACAGGAGAAAAAGAAUUUUCAUGUUUUUUAUGUGGCCAAUGCUUUAUCCAGAAAAUACAUCUUGUUGACCAUCUGAAAAUUCAUUCAGGAGAGAAAGCAUUUUCUUGUUUUGUAUGUGGGAAAAGUUUUACCCAAAAAUCAAAUCUUAUUAGACAUCAGAACAUUCAUACAGGAAAGAAAGCAUUUUCGUGUUCUGAAUGUGGGAAAAGUUUUAACCAGAAAACACAUCUUAUUGCUCAUCAGAAAGUCUAUAAACAUGAGAAAUCAUUUCCCUGUUCUAUAUGCGGAAAAUGUUUUACCCAGAAAUCGGUUCUUAUUGACCAUCUGAAAAUUCAUACCAGAGAGAAAGUAUUUUCAUGUUCUGUAUGUGGGAAAUGUUUUAUCCAGGAAUCGGUUCUGAAUGACCAUAUGAAAAUUCAUACAGGAGAGAGAGAAUUUUCAUGUUCAGAAUGUGGGAAAACGUUUAAAUUGAAGUCAUGUCUUUUUAGACAUCAGCAAAUUCAUGCAGAAGAAGAAGUUUCAUGUUCUGAAUGUGGGACAACUUUUAACCAGAAGUCAAAACUUAUUGCUCAUCAGAAAAUACAUAAACGUAAAUCAUGUUCCUGUCCUAUAUGUGGGAAAUGUUUUACACAGAAAUCACAUCUUAAUACACAUCAGAAAAUUCAUACUGGAGAGAAAGCAUUUUCAUGUAUUGAAUGUGGGAAAUGUUUUAACCAGAAAGCAAAUCUUAUUGCUCAUCAGAAAAUACAUUUGCGUGAGAAUAUUUUAUGUUCUGAAUGUGGGGAAUGUUUUACUUUGCAAGCAGACCUUGAUAACCAUAAAAGACUUCAUACAGGAGAGAAAGUAUUCUUGUGUAACGAAUGUGGAAAGUGUUUUACAAUGAAAUCAAGACUUAAGACACAUGAGAAAAUUCAUGCAGGAGAGAAAGAAUUCUCAUGUUCUGACUGUGGGAAAUGUUUUACCCAAAAAGCAAAUCUUAUUAGACAUCAGAAUAUUCAUGCACGUGAGAACUCAAAUAGUAAAUGUUAAGCCCAUUUUAGUAAAUGUUUUACUCCACAAAGUUUUUUUAUGCAUGGUGGUAGAUAAGUAAUGCUAUACAUACCCCAUGUAGUAUCAUGAAUACAACACUUUUUUUCUGAUGCAUUCUACUAGCAUGGGGGUUGGGACUUUUAUUUGCUGAAAUUUCAGUUGUAUAGGUGCAUAAAUAUUUGGACAGUGACACAAUCUUCAUAAUUUUGGCUCUGUACACCACUACAGAUAUACAAUUAAAGCCAUUAAGAUGUGAUUGAAGUACAUACUUUCAGCUUUAAUUCAACAAGUUUAACAAAAUUAUUGUAUGAAUUGUUAAGAAUUACAUCAGUAUUCAUAUAAAUUGUCAGGGGAUCAAAACUAACAUAAUUAUAAAUAAAAUUAUCAUUCUUCAGACUUGGUUGAAAAUAUUUUGCAGUGAAUGACUGCUUACAGUCUGGAACGAAUAAACAUCAAUUUUUUUGUUGUUGUUUCCCCUCCGUAGUGAUGCUUUGCCAAGCCUCUACUUCAAGGGACACUGAACCAAAAAAAAAAAUAUUUUGUGAUUCAGAUAGAGCAUGACAUUUUAAGCAACUUUCUAAUUUACUCCUAUUAUUAAAUUAUCUUGAUUCUCUUGGUAUCUUUAUUUGAAAUGCAAAAAUGUAAGUUUAGAUGCCGGCCCAUUUUUGUUGAACAAACUGGGUUGUUCUUGCUGAUUGGUGGAUAAAUUCAUCCACCAAUAAAAGUGCUGUCCAGAGUUAUAAACCAAAAAAAGCUUAGAUGCCUUUUUUCAAAUAAAGAUAGCAAGAGAACAAAGAAAAAUUGAUAAUAGGAGUAAAUUAGAAAGUUGCUUAAAAUUGCAUGCUCUAUCUGAAUCAUGAACAAAAAAAAUUGGGUUCAGUGUCCCUUUAAGCUGUCCAAAAUGUCUGCUUGUUAGUGGGUUUUUUAUGCCUUUAGCUUUAUCUUCAGCAAGUGAAAUGCAUAUUCAUUUCAGUUGAGGUCAGUUUACUAUCUUGGCUAUUCAAGAAAAUUCCACUAACUCCACCAUGUUUCAUGGAUGGUGUGAUGUUUGCGUCAGAUCAUGAGCUGUUCAUUCCAUUUUCCAUACACUUCUAUUCCCAUGAUUGUGGUACAGGUUGAUCUUAGUUUAAUCUGUUUAAAGAUUUUUUGAGGCUUACUAAUGGUCUGCCUCUUGUGGAAAACUAUCUGUGUUUACUUCAUGAAAUCUUCUCUUGAUUGUAGACUUUUGAUAUGCUUUCUCCUGAAGAAUGUUCUUGACUUGGCUAGAUGCUGUGAAGGGACCUUUAUUCACUAAGGAACACAUUUUCCCCAGUGCAUUCCUUCUUUUUAAUAAUAUAUUAAACUGUUGAUUUGGCUACUAAUGUUUCUGUUAUCCCUCUGAUGGAUUUGUUUUAUUUUUUAAGCCUAAUGGUGUCCUGCUUUACUUGCAUUGGCAGCUCUCUGGGCCUCAUAUUGAGAGUUGACAGUAACAACUUCCACAUUUGAAAUCAGCUCCAGACCUUUAACUACUUAAUUGUUAAUGAAAUAACAAGAGAACAGCCCACACUGGACCCUAAAAAAAACCUUCUCAUUGAAUUGUUCAAUUACUUUUGGUCCCCUGACAAGGAGGGAACUACACAUAAAAAAUGCUGCAGUUCCUAAACCAAUCCCCAAUUUGGAUGUAAAUUAAUCAAAUUAAGUCUGCACUUUAAGCCCAAAUUCAUUAUUUAACUUCAAUUUUUAUUUUCUAACAGCUAAAAUAACUAUAACAUUAUCAAUGUCCAAAUACUUAUGUACCUAACUGUAUGCUAUAUUACAGUUUAUGGUUGUUGACUAUGUAUAUUGAGGAAUUGUUCCAAUGCUAUAUUAUUGCAUUGUUGUUUCAUAUAUAUUUUCUAGUGUUGCAUUGGUGAUGAUAUUUGAGAAUAAAAUUAUAUUUUCUGACAUUUUGUAUCUAGAACCUUGCUCUUGUGCUUGUAAAAUCUUAGAAAUAAAUUAAUAAAAAAAAGACACACCAGAA